AAUAAGUGUUACUUUGGCAAAAUCAAAUUAUCUCCAAAUAAGUGCUUAUUUUAGUAGUUCAAGAAGGAAAAAGUUUGUAUGUUUUCUUCCAAAGUAUAAUAUCUUCUUAAUCGUGUUCAAUUUUUCAAGAAAACAAAGGUGACUUAUUAAACUGCAUAUUGCAUUUUAAUGAAUUUUUAAUAAACUUAAAAUCACACUUAUUUUGAGAUAGACAAAGUAUAACGUACAAACAAAGUGAGUGCCUUUUAUGCUCCAUAAAAUAAAGUAGGAUUGUGGUUGGUUAAAAAGUAGCAACCAGUUUUUAUUUAUCUGUAACUGUACCUGCUGCUAGUUUAUGCUCCAUUUCAGCUUCCCAAGGAGUAUAUAAAGCAGCAGUUAAGGAUAGAGUUAAAAAUAGUAUAGAAGCUAUGGAAAAGAAAACAACAAGUUUUAGAGAUGAGGAUACUGAGAAAGAGCCUGAAAUUAACUACAGAGGAGUGAAAGCCAUGCCAUUUAUCAUUGGAAAUGAAACUUUUGAGAAACUUGGAGCAAUUGGGACACUGUCCAACUUGUUGAUAUACCUCACAUCAGUUUUCAACUUGAAGCAUAUCUCAGCUGUUACUCUGAUCAAUAUUUUCAAUGGAACAACAAAUUUCGCCACUUUGCUUGGAGCUUUCUUAUCGGAUACUUAUUUCGGUCGUUACAAGACUUUGGGAUUUUCAUCCAUUACUUCAUUUCUGGGGUUGUUUGUGAUAACAUUAACAGCAGUAUUCAAGAAAUUGCAUCCUCCUCACUGUGAAUCUAAAGAUAUCAGUCAAUGUAUAGGACCAACAGGAUGGCAAAUGGCUUUUUUGUUGAGUGGAUUCGGGCUACUGAUUAUAGGAGCAGCUGGGAUUAGACCAUGUAACUUAGCCUUUGGUGCAGACCAAUUCAAUCCUAAUACAGAGUCUGGUAAAAGGGGUAUCAAUAGUUUUUUUAAUUGGUACUUUUUCACCUUAACAUUUGCACAAAUGGUGUCUGUGACACUUGUGGUUUAUGUGCAAUCCGACAUAAGCUGGUCCAUCGGAUUAGCUAUUCCUGCAAUGUUCAUGUUGAUUUCAUGUUUCCUCUUCUUUGGUGGCACUAAAAUUUAUGUAAAAGUGAAACCAGAGGGAAGUCCGUUGACAAGUAUAGCGCAAGUCGUGGUCGUUUCUAUCAAGAAAAGAAGGCUAAAAUUACCGGAGCAACCUUGGAAAUCACUGUUCAAUUACACUCCUCUCAAGUCCAUCAAUUCCAAGCUGCCUUACACUCAUCAAUUCAGGUUUCUUGACAAGGCUGCAAUAGUAACACCAGAAGACCAACUCAAGUCAGAUGGAUCAGCAGUAAAUCCAUGGAACCUAUGCAGUUUGCAGCAAGUGCAAGAAGCUAAAUGUGUUAUAAGAGUAAUUCCUAUUUGGGCUGCAGCAAUUAUAUAUCAUGUUGCAAUAGUUGAGCAGCAACAAUUUGUUGUCUACCAAGCUCUUCAAUCAAACAGACAUGUUGGCACCAGCAACUUCCAAAUUCCAGCAGCAACUUACACUAUUUUCUCCAUGUUAAGUCUCACUCUCUGGAUACCCAUAUAUGACCGUAUAGUCGUGCCAUUACUCCGAAGAAUCACUGGAAAAGAAGGUGGCAUAACAAUCCUUCAAAGAAUGGGAUUUGGCAUAUUCCUCACUGUUCUAUCAUCCCUCGUAUCUGCAUUCAUCGAGAAACGAAGGAGAAACCUAGUUUUCACAAGUCCAGCAUUAGGGCUACAUUCAGAAAGAGGACUAGUUUCUUCCAUGUCAGCUUUAUGGUUGGUUCCUCAGUUAUCCUUAGCAGGACUUGCAGAGGCAUUUUGCGCGAUUGGACAAGUGGAAUUCUACUACAAACAGUUCCCAGAAAAUAUGAGAAGCAUAGCAGGGUCUUUCCUCUUCUUGGGAAUGGCUGCUUCGAGUUACUUGAACAGCUUACUGAUCUAUAUUGUUCACAACACAACAGGAAAGGCGAAAACAGGCAAUUGGCUACCGGAAGACCUUAACAAGGGGAAAUUGGAUUACUUCUAUUUCUUAAUUACCGCGCUGGGAAUCAUGAAUGUCGUGUAUUUCAUAAUAUGUGCUAGGUGGUACAAGUACAAGGGAAGUGAUGACACCAGCUCUGUAGAAUUGGAAAUGGAAAGGAAACACUUUGUUUGACGGAUUAAAACCAAAUGAUCGAAUAGUAUGCCAUACCAAUUUUUAGCAGCCAAUUCAUAUUUGGAUUGAAAGAAGUUGUAAUAGGAAAGCUUAAAACGAAAUAGCCUGAAAUUCGCGCUCCCUCCUUGAAUGGGAAGAUGAAGUGUAUCAACUAUAUCAAAGUCAUAUUAGUAGUAUUAGAAGCAUAUUUUAGCCAACUGAUAGAUUAUUUAUGAAAUACUUUCUCAAUGAACACUGUGUUUUGUUUCACCUUCUAAUGAUAAAAGUUUAGUUUACUGUAAGCA